GAACCGUGGCAAAUCAAGGAUUCCAUUUCUGAGAAGAAAAUUAUAAACCAUUUUUAUUUUGGUACAACUUAUUUUUGUAAGAGAUUUCUUACGUGUCGCCUUGUCUUUGGCCAGAGAUAACUAAUAUACGACACUGCGAAGCACUAGAUUACAUCCUCUUUGGUUUAGGCAACAAGCAAGGUUUGCGGCAAAGAUCGAAGUGUUCGUGUAGCGCGCCAGCUUUGUCUUCCGUAGUUCUACCCCUUCUGGUUCUGCAACCAUGGUGCUCGAGGCGACGAUGAUAUGUAUUGACAACUCCGAAUGGAUGCGGAAUGGCGAUUACGCUCCUUCGAGAUUUCAAGCUCAAGCAGAUGCCAUCAAUCUUAUUUGUGGAGCCAAAACGCAGUCUAAUCCAGAGAAUACUGUUGGGGUUCUGACAAUGGCGGGAAAAGGUGUUCGUGUACUGGUCACUCCCACCACUGACCUUGGCAAGAUACUGGCAUGCAUGCAUGGUUUGGAGAUUGGCGGUGAGAUUAACUUGGCAGCUAGCAUCCAGGUGGCUCAGUUGGCUCUUAAGCAUCGUCAGAACAAAAAGCAGCAACAAAGGAUUAUAGUGUUUGUUGGAAGUCCUGUCAAACAUGAAAAAAAGUUACUGGAGAUGAUAGGAAGGAAGUUGAAGAAGAACAAUGUGGCCCUUGAUAUUGUUGAUUUUGGGGAAGAAGAUGAUGGGAAACCUGAGAAACUGGAAAGUCUUCUGGCAGCUGUGAACAGUAAUGACACCAGUCACAUUGUUCAUGCUCCUGCUGGUCCAAAUGUGCUCUCUGACGUACUCAUCAGUACACCUAUCUUCACUGGAGACGGGGAGGGUGGAAGUGGUUUUGCUGCAGCAGCUGCUGCGGCUGCUGCUGGUGGCGUAUCUGGUUUUGAUUUUGGAGUUGAUCCCAACUUAGAUCCUGAACUUGCCCUUGCUCUUAGAGUUUCAAUGGAAGAGGAGAGGGCCAGACAAGAGGCAGCUGCUAAGAAAUCUGCAGAGGAGAAUGCAAAGCAAGAGAAAGGAGCUGAGCAGCCAUCCGGCUCACAGGAUGCAACUAUGACUGAGCGUCCUGGACUUGCGACAUCUGAUGCUGAAAACAAGACUGCUGAUUUAAUGGAUGAUGAGAAUGCCCUGCUAGAACAAGCCCUUGCUAUGUCAAUGGAUACUCCUUCUGCAACCAGUGACACACGAGACAUCGACAUGUCAGAAGCAGCAGCAGACGAUCCUGAUUUGGCACUUGCUCUUCAGUUGUCUGUGCAGGAAGCUUCCAGUGAUUCGACAAGCGAGACAGAUAUGAGCAAACUAUUGGCCGAUCAGUCUUUUGUGUCUUCUAUUUUAGCUUCGCUUCCAGGCGUAGAUCCAAAUGAUCCUUCUGUAAAAGAUUUGCUUGCUUCCAUGCAAAGCCAAUCAGAGGAUAAGAAAAAUGACGACAAAGCAUCGAAAGAAGAUGAGAAGUGAGGCAUUUUGAGCUCAGUUUCCGCAGUGUUUUAAACCCAGAAUCCACAGACGUCAAGGAAGAUGCCUAUUAUCAGAUCCUCGCCAUUGUCACCCGUUUCAAAAUCAUUAUAUUCUUAUGGUAAAAUAUGUUGUAUCUGCUGUGUGCCUCCAUCCAUUGUGGAUCUUGAUAUCUUUAUCUUCUUCAUUGUCAAAGGCCGUAGAAUUCCUUCACAUGUGAGAGGAGAGGAGCAGUAGCUUUGAAACAUUUUCUUUUCACGAACACAUUUUGUUUAUUGAAUGAAAAUGAUAUGCUUGUCCAGUCUUUGAAGUACCUCUCGAUUGUAAAAGCUAAACCCUCAUGGCCUUUUAAUACAAAAACUCUUAUUUUCCUU